UUCAGGUUUGCAUCAUUCCUUAGAAAUCUUGAGCAUACGCACAUUGUCUCGUGAUAAUAUGUAGGGACUUUAAACCUAAAUCAUACCAUAAUUUAUUAUUAUGUACCUCGCCAUUAUCCUGUCAUAUCUAUCCGUAGUAUGCAUACCAUACCUCACCACACCACACCAUACCAUACCAUACCAUACCAUACCAUACCAUAUCAUGCCAUUUCAUGCCAUUUCAUGCCAUACCAUAUCAUACCAAACCAAGUAAUGCCAAUCCACUUUGCUAAAUCCAACACAGGUAGCCUGAGAUAAAAGUCUGUUUACAAGCAAACAGUUCAUGCAUCAUAAUCGUCAAUCUGCAUCAGGUUGUUUUUUGACGUGGGAGUUUGUAGCUGUCCUGAUCAGCGUUUGUCACCAAAGUUUGAACGCCCUCCUCUGAACAAACAGAACCUUUGAUGUGCCUGGGUUUGUUAGGGUUUUUUCUGGGGAUGGGGAGGGGGGGGGGUGUUGUUUUCUUUGGGUUUUUUAAAAACUCAACACAUCAUUGCUAUAUAUAGCCACUUAUUCAGAGUGAAUUCGAGAUAUAUUGUUCCCUUUUACGCUCAAAAACCGAACGACAGCUUGCACUUCAAUCUUUGACUUCUCCUUAAUAGAAUAUAAUCUAGUACUCUGAGUUACCUUUUACUUUAAUUUCAGAGCAACACUCGCAAAAUGUUUAUCUGAUCUUUUUUAUUCCAGGAACAACUUUCAUUUACAAGUCAGCUUUUUGUAUUGGACAAGGAUUUCUGCUAUGCAGACUCAGACAUCACCUCCUACCUCUAUCAAAGUACAAUUAAUGCUUUGAAUUCUCAUGACAGUUCUACUGAACUUUUCUCCAAGCCACGAAAUUCAGCGAAGUCGAUUCUGGUAAAGCGCAGAAAUAAUAUCAGUCCAAUAAGCAACGCAAUAUCCAAGAACAGCACAAGGAUGCAUCAUGGUCAAAGUAAUCACGGUUUUACAGGAGAUAAUCAGGAUAGUUACGGUUCUUUAGCUGAUUACAAGAGUUCUGUCCCUUCUUAUGAGUUUGACGACCCGAAAGACGUCAAGGCGAAGACAACAGAAGAGAAGAAAGAACAAAAUGAGGAAGACGAUGCGUGGGCGUUGCCGGAACUGAAAGAUGAUACAGUGCCUUGGGAAGAGUUGGACGACAAAGGCAAGUUUCUCCGAGUAGCGUGGUUGGCGCUUCGACUUGUAUUGCUGCUGGGACUACUCUAUUUGUUCAUCUGCUCCCUGGAUUUCCUUAGUUCUGCCUUUAGACUUCUUGGAGGUAGUUGCUCUCCCCCUCCUCCCCCCUCGCUCUCUCUUUCUCUCUCUCAUUCUCUCUCUCUCUCUCUCUUAGGGCUCAUGGUGGGGGUCCUGGCCACGGUACUCGUGCAGAGCUCUUCCACCUCCACCUCCAUCAUCGUCUCCAUGGUCUCUGCGAGAAUUCUGUCAGUACGUCUGGCUAUUCCGAUCGCUAUGGGAGCGAACAUCGGCACCACAGUUACCAACACCCUCGUGUCUAUGGGCCAGAUGAAAGAUAAGGGAGAUUUCAGACGAGCGUUUGCCGCGGCCACCGUGCACGAUAUGUUCAACUGGCUGUGUGUGAUCGUCUUCCUGCCGAUUGAGGUAGCCAGCGGAUACCUGUACCGGCUGACUGACGUCAUCACCAGUGACCUUACCUACAAUGUGUCCGACUCCAGCUCAACCAAUCCUAAACUUCUGAAAGCCAUCACAGAGCCCUUCACGAAGACAGUCAUCGAUUUGUCUUCUAGCAAAUUGGAACUCAUCGCAAAAGGUGUUGACUUCAAUGGAAGCUUAAUUAAAUCAGGUAACUUUUUCUUACUUUCUUCAGGAGAUCAUCUGUUCUCAGACUGGGAGGGAACCGACGCGGAGGCAGGAGCAAUUCUUCUAGUUGUCUCCCUUGCGCUUCUCUGCCUGUGCCUGAUCUGUGUCGUCAAGAUCCUGAGUUCCCUCCUGAAAGGCACAAUAGCUAAAGUCAUACAGAGAGUGGUCAAUGCAGAUUUCCCUGGCCCCUGCAAGUACUUCACCGGCUACUUUGUCAUUCUGGUGGGCGCCGGCCUCACGAUCCUGGUACAGAGCAGCUCCAUCUUCACGUCUGCCCUAACGCCGCUGGUCGGCAUCGGUGCCAUUCACCUGGAGCGGAUGUUCCCUUUGACCCUUGGCUCCAACAUCGGUACCACCGUUACAGGCAUUCUAGCGUCCUUGACUUCUGACCCUUCAACCUUCAAAGACUCGUUCCAGAUCGCGCUGUGCCAUCUCUUCUUUAACAUAUCAGGUCUUCUGUUGUGGUACCCUGCUCCAUUUAUGAGAAAACUGCCCAUCAAUAUGGCUAAAUUCAUGGGUCAGACUGUUCAUCAGUACCGUUGGUUUGCUAUUGUCUAUUUAUUCUUUAUCUUUUUCUUGGCCCCUUUAUUUGUUUUUGGGCUCUCGUUGGCUGGGUGGGAAGUUCUCGUGUGUGUUGGCGUCCCCAUCGUAGUCUUAGUUAUUUGUAUCAUCAUCGUCAACAUCCUGCAGGACAAAUCGCCAAAAUAUCUGCCCAGGAGACUCCGGAACUGGGAGUCAUCGGGCAUUCCUGCUCCAUUAAGGUCCCUAGAGCCGUAUGACCGCGUAUUUGUCAAACUCAGCAGUUUUUGCAAAUGUUGUCUAAAAGAAAAGGAACAAGACGAUACAAACGGACAGGUCAACAUGGCUUAUGACGAAGAGAAUAAAAUUGAAAGUAAUCACCAUUUUAAGGGAGAAAUGGUGAACGGGAAUGGAUGCGAUUUUAAAGGAGAAACAACAAAAUUGUAAAAGGUACCAGCUCAGAACCUGCCGAGUACAUAUUACAUAGCUGCAGUAAGAAGGGCAUUACUCUUUUCAUUUCUCAUUUGUUUUAUGAUUGAUUGAAGUAAAACAAAAAGAAAAUAGCUUUCUCGGCCAGUUUGUGAUCCAGUCCACAACAGAGCAUGUAUACAGCCUUUCUUCAUCUCCCUUUCUUUUUUUACACAUAGACA